CCUUCAGACAUCGUUUCAUUCAUCGACAGAAUAUGCCUGCUCACUCAUACAAUUAUAUGGCUCAGUGGUUUUGAAUCUCGACUGCCAUUCUUUGUCACUGCCGAAUUGUCUCAAGGAGAUGCUAUAUCGCACUGAAAAUUUAAGCCCUAAACAGCCUUACAGCCUGAGUCUUUGUUCCUCUCUAUCUCAGCAGCCUGGUCCGCCUGACUCUUCAAUCUACUUCCCAAGGAUGAAGUUGAAGUUAAGGUGUUUAAAUACCUCGAUAGAAGACUUCACGAGCGCAUUAUUCACCGGCACUUUCAUCCUGAGAUAGCUCUUGUGAUUCAUACCCACGGACUCACCGGGCAUAAAUUCGGAGUUUGCCUACAGCCUUGCCACCCCUCAGCCUCCACCCCUCGUCACUACAAAUAUGUCGAAACGCUCCUUCGCCCGAUCUGAAUUGGGAGAUAGCAUCGACCUUGAUAAAGUGCUUCGACCUAGGAGACAUCAAAGAAGUGUUGAGGGUGCAAGCGACUCCAUCACUACCGACCCGGAUAAUUUGAUGGAUAACUGGUACCUAUCCGCACUGGAGAUUCGAAGGCAGCGCGAUUCCAAGGAUCUUCGUGAUCGAGCUUUCUGGCUUGCCAGGAAAAGUCUUGAUCCUGGUCAAGUUGAAAUCAAGGGGAGCUGGCGCUAUUAUCGGAAUAGAGACCAGAAGAGCUGGAAGCAAACGGGCUUGACAAGGAGAGCUCGCGAUGCAUUUGGAUCUUCAAUCAAGUUCCCAGCCUACGGGGAAGAUAUUGAAUUCUCUGAUACUUAUCGGCUGUGGCUAGAAGGCCGCAAACUUGAGUUCUUGAACACAUUAUACACUCAUUAUGCUGUUGGCAACUUCAUUCCAGAAGAGGUCAUUUGGAGGCUAUUCCGGUGCUUAGCCUCAGAACUCAUUCCAAAGAGUGAAAGCUGGGAUGAUGCACCAGAAUACCUUGUCGAGUCUCCCAACACUAUUUGGCAAAUCGGAAAGUGUGUCUUCCAAACUAUCACUCGAGGUCGUUUCUGGAGCGAAGAAUAUAACGCUCUCAGUCCUGUUGAUAAUGGCGAGAAAUUCGGAGAGUACAAACAAAAGGUACUACAGAAACAUUACAGCAAGAACUUGAUGAAGUAUGUCUUGGCUUGCGUAUCCGCAGAUCCAACAAAGCGGUACUUCAGAAGUGAGCUUCUUGAGCACAUCGAGAAAGUACUCUCAGUCUUCGAAGGCACUUACCAACCAGCGCAUUUUGACGAGUCGUUUCUGUCACCAUACACGCCCACUAACCAAUUAAUCCCUUAUGACCUUACCCGCGAGGAAGGUGAAGUGUAUGAAGCUUUACUCGAAAUUGUAGAAGAGCGAAAGAAACAUGCUGGAGAUGGCAAGCAACGAAUACCACGCAUUGUUGUAGUCACGGAUCUUGCGAAGGAUUAUGAUGAUCUCUUGGCUAUGAUGUGUCUCAAAGAGCUACAUCGUUUGGGUGUCGUUCACAUUGAAGGUUUUGUUGCAAAUCUCAUGCCUCCAGAUAGACGAGCAUUGUUUGGCCGCGGAGCGCUUGAUUCUUUGGGCUAUCCAGAUAUCAAAAUCGCUGUUGGCACUAUCGGAGAUUCGAAACGAGCCCUUGACCAACAUUCUCACGAGUUCGAUAAUACUGAAGACUUUAUGGCUACACCAGAUAGGCUCAAGGAUCUGCCUGAUGGACAAGAGCUGAUGAAAGAAAUCUUCACAGAUGCAGUAGAGAAGAAGUACGGAAUCACGAUUCUCACAAUUUCCAGUUUGAUGGACUUGGCAAAAUUUGCUGAAGAUCACGGCGAGCUACUCAAGAAGGGACUCUCAAAUGUCGUUCUUCAAGGAGGCUACCGAAUCAUCAAAGGCAGACUUACAGCAGAUUUCGCGGCGCAAAACAACAAAUUCGACGAAGAAGGCGCCACGGUGUUCCAUGAAUUCAUGCAAGACAACAACAUUCCUUCAUGUGCAUGGACGAAAGUCGCCGCUCAAGCUGUGCCAAUUUACAACACUCUAUUCGAAUAUCUCGACCAAACUCGCCAUCCGCUGGGCCCCUACCUUCGAAAAGUUCAAGUCACGCAAGAUCUUAACUUUUACGAACGUGCUUGCAGUGACCAUCCCUACGCUCCCUAUAUGACACAAGACUGGUACGUCGGCACGAAAUCCACCUGGUUCGCUGCUGGUCACGAGCCGGAUGAGCCGUACCCGAUGGGCGAAGACAUGAUCCCAUACUUCACGAAAGUUGUAGCCUACGAUGCUCUUGCCGCUGUGGGAUCGUCUGGCCAAGAUGUUUUGGAUAAAUUCGGCAUCGUCAAGCCAAUCGUCAAGAGACAGGAUGUGGACGAUGAGACACAUCGCUUGGUGGGUAUUCCUGCUGUGAAGGAAACCGAGGAUCAGCCUGGAUUGCCGCAGGAGGAAAACUUCGAUGCUGAUAAGAUGGGCUUGGUGAUUACGGCUUUGCUCAAGGGAAGCAUUCUUGCGAAGCAGCAGAGACUUUGAAGAGAUGGCAGUGCUGCAUGCGGUUCUUCAUGCAGCUUAUGUAUCUUCAUGUACGUCUGAGCGGUAUUCUCAUUUGCUGGACGUUUAUUCAGCUUUCUGCAAGAUUCUUUCCAUCAUUAGGCCAUGAUCGAAUAAGCGAUGAACGACCAUGGAAAGCAUCUGAAGGAUUUCUCGGAGCGUAAUCUGCUCCGAUUCGGUUUGAUGCCACAAAGCUGGGAUAUAUUCAAGAGCGCAUGUUUGAGUCUUGGGCUUAUAUGAUUACGAAACAUGGUCUUAUGCUUCGAUGGAAACAAGGUGUUUUGAAGGAACGGGGAAAGGAAGGAAAGGAAGAUUGAAGAGGCGUUUUGGGAGAGGGGUAGAGGGAAUUGAGGUUUCGUUGGAAUCUGGCGUUGAUGGAACUUUAGUAUUGAAUAUGCUUUUGCGUUUGCCUGUGAAUGAAAUGAAAUGAAGUGCG